AUGAUUUUUUUUUCUUUGGAUUCAAAUAUCAAUGUACCAAGUGGUUCUAGUGCUAGUUCGGUCCACUCAACAUUUACUGAUUUUGACAUUAAUAUCAUUAGUCCAUUGCAACAAGAUACAAUUGGUUCAGGAAAUCUGCUGACACCUGAUGGACGAACUAUUGAUGAUGCUAUCGAUGAUGAAGAAGAGACAAAAAGUUGA